CGGCCGACAGGGCGAGGGGCGGCGCGGGCUGCGGAGUCAGGCGCUGCGCGGGGCAGCCCGGGCGAGGGUCCUCGCGGGGCGGAAGCGGGGUGCGCGCGACUCCCGAUGGCGGCGCGGACGGCGAGAGGCUGAGAAGAAGCACCACUGAGGAUCUGAUGAGAAAGGAGUACAAGAGCAGUUCUGCAUGAGUCUGUGAUAACUGAUCACAGAACUAUUGUGUUGUUUGCACUCUCAUAUCUUUUUUUGGUAGAAAAGUGUGUUGUAGUGUUCGGCAUCUCCUGGUAAAUCUGCACAAGUGAAGAGUGCUGAAGGAUUGCUGAACUUCUGCAUCUGUGUCCCUUGAAGAAGGCAGAAGACAGAUUUCUUUCAACCAUGGCGAGCCAGGCAUUUUCCCCAGAGGCUGCUUUCCCUCAUGGGAGGCGGAGGGAGAAAUGGGACCCCAGGCUUCUUUCAAGGGCAAGGAUUUACUUGGGAAAAAGCGAGAAUGUCUCCAGGCCUACAGCUGGUGGAGGACACCACAGAAGAAACGGAAGAAAAAGAACAAAAUAAAACCAGGAAGAAUAGAGUUUGUUAGUGCUACUACUACGACUAGUAGUACAGUCAGACCUGAUUAUUCAAUAUUUGUUGGGGAGCUUACUCCGGAAGUGGAUGAUUUCCAGCUCUAUGACUAUUUCCUAAAGAGGUAUCCCUCAUGUCUUGACUGCAAAAUAGCAACAGACCUGCUGGGAUAUUCCAGACUGAAAGCAGAGUUCCAGCGGUACCAGUCAUACAACUACAAUGAUUAUUACCAAGAUUAUCAGAACUACUACUCACAGUGGAGUUAUGAUGCAUAUGCUGAGUACAACUACAACUCCUAUGCUGCCUAUGAUAGCAUGCAAGCCGUUGGAGACUGCUCUUUAGGAGACGCUGUCAUGGCUCCAGCUGUUUUUGAGGAAUCUUCAGCUAUGGUUGAAAUCAGUGAUGACCUGCUUACUGAAGAUCCACAAUUGUAUUUGGAUGUUGAUGAAAUGAACAGACAAUUUAUGGAGACAAGUGAAGAACUCUAUGAUUCGCUCAUGAAUUGUCACUGGCAACCUCUGGAUACGGUCACUUCUGAAAUCCCCUCUGCUAUUUAAGUGUCUUAUAUAGCAUGACCGUUAUGACCAAGGGAUGCUCUGGACCAACCGCUUCUUUCUAGCGCUACCUCAAAGUAACGUGCAGAUAUAACUCACAGGGAAGAUUGAUCAAAUGGUGAUGAUCACUAUCAUUCUGCCGGAUGCAUAUAUAUAAUUGCCUUUUUGUUUUGGCUCACUUUUAGCAACAAUUAACUUAAGUGACACAUGUUAAUGGACACUGACUACAUCUGCAAAUAUUUUUGAGUCAUGAGUGUCAUUAAAGGCCUGUCACCACUUAGAAAUUGUUCUAAAUAAGUAAAAUUGAAGCAAAAUAAAUAAAGCAGCAUUUGAAUUUACAGAGAAAA